AUGACAGAAAUAAAGAAGAGGAAACGAAAAGACUUGGACAGCAGUGAAGAAUCGUGCUGGACCGAGAAGGACCGCAAUGUCCUCAUUCGUUUAGUCAAGCAGUGCCAGAAGCUUGGGAGCGAGGGGAGUUCUGGGGAUUGGAAGACAUUUUUAAAGAUUAAGUACCCCAAGUUUCGCUCUCAGGACCCUUCACAGCACCACUGGAAGGUCCUGGCAGCGUUUGUGAACUCAUUGGACAAGGGCAGCGACCAGAAAAUGGUCAGCCGGCACAGGGAGUGGGAGAAGCUCAUACAGGCGGAGCGACUGGCUCUUGCAAAGUCCUCCAGUGAGAAUCGCGGUGGCCCGGCAGAGAGCUCUGGAUUGGUCCAUGAUCUGGUCACCCAGACAGCGAAGCACCCCCGUUUCAAGGAGCUGUACUCGCUGCCAUCCUACGACAAGUGCUGGUGUCGCAUUCCCAGAAGGCAGGGGCAGAGCAGCGCACCCAUUAUCUACGGUCUGGAUUGCGAGAUGUGCGAGACAGCUGUCGACUCGCGCGCCCUUGUACGAGUCUGCGUUGUGGACGAGAAUGGAAAAGACGUUUUGGAUAUGAUGGUGAAGCCCAAGAAGCGGAUCCUGGACUUCCGAACGCACAUCACUGGCUUGACCGCUGCAAGUUUUGAGGGCGUGACACAUAGGCGCAGGGAUGCCCAAUUGGCAUUGAAAGAUCUGCUCAAAGACAACGUAAUCCUUGUGGGCCAUGCACUGCACCAUGAUCUGAGCGCCCUGCGCAUAGACUACCAACCUGUCAUCGACACUUCCCUGCUCAUAUCCUACAGGAACCUGUCCAGCUGCGUGCCCUCCCUGGCGGAUCUGUCCAAGGAGCUGCUCAAGAGGGUGCUGCGGCAGGAGGGGUCGCCCCAUGACUGCAAGGACGAUGCUGUGGCAGCUGUCCAGCUGGCCAAGCACCUCAUGCAGCAUGGGCCCACCCUGGUCCUCGACCCUCCAAACGUCAAGGUCCCGAAGGAACAGCUGUGCAAGUUGCUGGCGCAUGGGCUGCCGCCAGGAGUGACGGAGGCUGACCUGUGCAGCCUGCUGCCGGCUUCAGCACCGCCGCUGGUGAGAGUGGAGGGCGACUGCAGCACGGAGAAGAAAGUGUUGCUGGUCUUCCACAACCCCCAGGAUGCCAACCUGGCCUUUAAGGAGCUGCAGGGAACUCAGGGAGUGGACAGCCUGGGGCGGGCGCAGAAGCUGGUAAAGCUCAGCUGCGGCGAUGGCCAGCAGCAGGUGGUGAAAGUGAGGAAAAUGGGAGCGCACAAUGGCAUGGCUCACGGGCGCGAUGCAAAGCAGGACAGGGUUAAGUGGAAGCGCAAGAAGAAAGCCUGA